AUGACCACCGGGAGGCACCAGAAAGCCUGUGAGAAGAACCCGGAAACAAAACGACCAGAGAAAAGGAAGCGUGCUAAGAGGGGUACUCGCGUAAAUAAGCUUUCGCUGAGUGCCCAACCACCCGUCCCGAUUGAAGGUAUGAAGACAUACCUUCAGCUAACCGAGGAAGAUGCUCCUUGGCUCCCCCGAUUAGACCCUGAGUCACCUCAGGUUUUCAGAUGGGAGCUGUUCUGCAGAUACCCUGGGUGCGGUAUCACCACAAGGUACGGACAACCAUCAGCCCUGCGAGUUCACUACAAGGUUAAACACAACCUUGAAUUCGAGGUCUUUAGGACCUCUAUGGGACUAGUUGCUCGAGAGCAACAUGAAGCAUGCAAGACCUGGUUGGCCCAGUAUGCCCAACUAGGCCAGGAGAACGUCGGGCCGGCACCACUGACGCCAAUUACCCCAUAA